AGAGGCAAAAACUCUACGAGAUAAAUAUUUCAAUUUAAAGAAACAGGGGGAGGUUCAUGACAAUUGCAAGCAUUCGAUCUGAUUGAUACACAAUUACAAGAAAUAAUGGGACCACAAUUAGAAGGUUUGACAAACAAUUAUGAUGAUGGCUGUAGUGACCAAAAAGAGGUGGGUAGUGAACACAUUCCUGAUGCAAACAACUGUGAUGACAGUGAAGAGGUCUUCAAUAAUGGGAAAUGGAGCUUCUAUACUCCCCAACAACUGAAGAGGCCCAAAACUACAAAGCUAUCAUGUACGAAAACAAUACAAAAUAAAAAAUAUAUUUCUGUUAACUAUCUACUAAUGGAAGAAAAGCUGAAUUUUUUGAAACUACAAAACGAGAAAUUCAUCGAAGAACACAAUAAAAAAUGUUUGUUAAUUUCUGGAAUAUUUUCACUUUUACUCAUUUUUUUGUAUUUCGCAUUUUUCAGGAUAAUAUGUUAG